GCAAGAAUUAUACCAUGGCUGCUGAGCUAGCAACGCAGCAUGACGUUAGUGCAGGGUACCAAGAGUAUGCAGGGCGAAUAUCCUGCCUACAACUCUUUGACUUCUCCCUGAAUGAACACCAGAUCGCUAUAGUGAGAGAAGCAUGUGAAGAAACUUGUCCCUAUGGGUGGUACCUGAGUGGGUACGUCUGCUACAGAGCGUUUGACGAGCUCGUCAGCUGGCACACAGCUAACACCAGGUGCAGACGAGAAGGGGGCCGGCUGGCCACCGUCAAGGACGCCGACACACACAACUUCAUUGUGCCGCUGAAGAAUUCGGUCGACCCCGAUGAGGAAUUCUGGAUAGGCCUGAGCGACCUAGGUGACAUUGAGCUUUUGACAUUAGAUAACGACGCGCAAUUAAUAUGCAAUUAA